AACAUUCUGACAGCUAUAGGAGAAGUUUAUGUUUUUUUUGUUGCAAAUAUUGGUAUUUUUAUACUUUUUUCAAUUUAAUAAACAAAAAAAGAAAAUUACAUAUUGUUUUUCUAAAUUAACGUAAAUAAUAUAAAUUUUAAAUGUGUGUUUUUUUUUUUGUUGUCACAAAUAUGUUUUAGUAAAUUAAUACAUAUGUUGUAUUGUUAAACUAUCGUGUAUAUAUUUUCCUGUAGUAAUUGUCAACUCAUGGUCUCAAGGAAAAAACAUUGCAUAACAAGAUAAAAUGGACACUUUCGAUGUCACUGAUAAAAACAGCUGGUAUUUUGGACCUAUGUCUCGUCAAGAUGCUACGGAAGUGUUGAUGAAUGAACGUGAGCGUGGAAUAUUCUUAGUUCGUGAUAGUAAUACAAUAGCAGGCGAUUAUGUUUUGUGCGUAAGGGAGGACACCAAAGUUAGUAAUUACAUUAUAAAUAAAAUACAGCAAAAUGACCAAAUAGUUUAUCGUAUCGGAGAUCAAUCAUUUGAAAAUUUACCAAAACUUUUAACAUUCUACACAUUACACUAUUUGGAUACAACACCAUUGCGUAAGCCGGCACCAAAAAAAAUAGAACGAGUUGUGGGGAAGUUUGAUUUUGAUGGCAGUGAUCAAGAUGACCUACCAUUUAGACGCGGUGAAAUAUUAACAAUUGUCAGAAAGGAUGAAGAUCAGUGGUGGACGGCUAAAAAUUCUAUAGGACAAAUCGGACAAAUUCCUGUACCUUAUGUUCAAAAGUACGACGAAAAUAUAGAUGACAAUUUAUUGGAACGACCUUCUUCGGGUAGCAGCAGUAAUUGUGGCAGUAGCAAUAGUAUCAUUAGACAACCAAGAGUUUUAUCUGGCAGCGCCGAUACUGUUCCAACAGCCUCAUCAAUACACCAGUUAAGCAAUACUUUAAAAAAAUCAGACUUAAAUCGAAAAUUGCCAGCAUUUGCUCGGGUUAAGCAGGCUAGAGUACCCAAUGCGUAUGACAAAACCGCUUUAAAAUUGGAAGUGGGCGAUAUAAUAAAAGUCACCAAAACUAAUAUCAAUGGUCAAUGGGAAGGAGAGCAUAAAGGCAAAAAGGGUCACUUUCCAUUUACACAUGUGGAAUUUAUAGACGAAAGUGAAUUUAACAAUAAGGAUUGUACGCCACCACAGUCACAAUUAGUUGAAGGACAUACGAUAAAUAACACCGAUUGGGGCGAAUAAACAUUAGUUGGCUUAAUUUAACAUAUUAAAUGCAAAACACUUUUUCGAAAAUGGGAAAUCAUAUAAAUAUUACGUAAAACCAGUUAAGUUUUAAUCAGAUAAUUUGGUCACAUUCGCAUCAAUCGUGUUCUUUUCUAAUUCCUUAUUUACAAACACUAUACUUACAUCAAAUCUCAUUCAGCAUUAUAAAUAAUAAUUUGUAAAUAAUAAUACCUUUAUUAAAAUUUAUAUUAUGAAAUAGUUGUUAUACCAUAACAAACAUACUUCAACGAUAAACAAAUUUUACAUACAUACAUAUUUACUUUAUUAUGAACUUUAAUGUUAAAAAUAAUCUUUAAAAACUGUUUUUCACAAUUAGUUCAUUUUAUUUAUUAUUUAGCCUCAAGCUAUCACCACAAUGGCAAUGUUUCCACUAGUAUUGUUUAAUAAAUAGUUUAUUUAUUGUAUAAAAA